AUGGCUUUCAGCCGCCGACUGCUGAGUGGCUACGCUGGGCAGCGGGCAGGCUCAGACUCAGGGCAUGCUGCAGACCUUGCGGAUGAUGGUGGCGGAAGCAGCUUCCCAGCAGAGCAGAGAUCGCGGUGGCUGCCAGCAAGCUGCCGUGAGCGGGUGAAAGAACAUCUGGCCUCAGCCGGAGACUUGGUGCCCGGAUUGGAUCUGCCUCCGGAGGCACUCUUCUGCUGGACAGCGGCUGACAUGGAGAUGUUUUUUGCCAGCGGUGGCUAUGUGAAGCCCAAGUUGAGGCUUCUCUACUACAUCUCCCCGGAAUGUCCGCAAACCAUUGUCGAUCUCGUUUCUCCAAGCCUCAGGAUGCAGAACUGGGCAUGCACAGUGCGACCAGAGCCAGGAAACACACCCAUCUUCGUCUGGGAGGGAUCUCGACCCAGCAUCGAUCCUUCGCCAACGUUGUCCCGUGGAGGGCUCGUUAACCGUGUGGCUCCAGUGCUUCCGAUCACCAGGAAAGUGGGCAUGUUGAGAGCCUUGCAGAAGUGGUGCUCAUGCAGACGGCAGGAGUUCCCUCCACCCUGGUAUCCUGUCACCUUCGAGCUGCCCACCAGCCUGGAGGAGUGGAAGCAGCACGUUUCGCAGCACCCGGCUAAGCGCUGGAUCUACAAACCGAACGGUGGCGCCCGCGGGGUUGGAAUCAUCCUGGUUUCUGCCGUGGAGGAGGUCGACUCGCCAGAGCGCCCGUUCAAGGAAAGGUGCCGGCCACAGCGCCCGGAGGAUUUGCAUGCGUCGCCACUGGAAGAGCGCUACUUCGCACCCACUGGCAUUAUUCAGGAGUAUGUUCAAGACCUACAGCUCCUGAAAGGACACAAGUUUGCCGUCCGAGCUUACUUGCUCAUUGCACGGGUGCAGCCCUUGUUGGUCCUACUACACGGUGCUGCCUAUGCCAAAGUUUGCGGCCAGGAGUUCGACUCGCAGUGCUUUACCCAGGCUGACCUUUUCAGGCAUGUCACCGAGCAGGAGUUCCAGAAGAUGGGUGGUCAGGUGCAUGAGGAUUGGAAGGUGCGUCCCGUGAUGCUCCUGGAAGAGCUGGCGCAAGAACUUGCCGACGAGACUUCAGGAUCGGCGGAGGUCUGGCUGGAGAAAUUCUGGGCACAGGUGCAGGUGAUCUGCCACCAGGUCGUGGACACUUUUCGCGAGUCGCUCCGAGACGGGGCCCAGCUGGGAAUGUUUGAGAUUCUCGGGCUGGACUUCGUUUGCAAGGCAGACGGCUCCGUAAGUUUCCUGGAAGCGAACAGAGACCCAUCGUGGGUCAUCGACGGUGGAGCAAAGAAGGCCAUCAUACCCACUCUGGUGACAGAUUUGCUGCACAUCGUGUUGCAAGCACAUGGGGAGAGCUGCACCUCCAUCGCCGAUAGUCUGCAAACCUGCACCGGCCGGUACAAGUUUCGCGUCCUCAUCGAUGAAACAUGUAGCAGAGAGGACUUGGAGGCGAUCGGCUGUGGCAGAGAAAAGAAACGGAAUUCUGCCUUCUACGAGGGUGAGGAGGAAAGACACAUCGAGCUGGAUGGAAGGCUACUGUUGCCUUGCCGACGUCUGGAGAUGGGCGACUUCCUGCUCGUCAAGUUAGAGGAGGCGGCGGCGUCUUCGUCUGUCAGGCGGAGCGAGGUGGCACCAGAUGGGCGCGAUGAGCUGAGAAGCUUCCUGCAAACGCCUUCCACCUGCCGAGGAGGCUGGUGA